GAACGCUUCUAUUGCAAGCCCAAGAAGUCGAUCGAAACAAAGCCCAAGGAAAACACAGAUUGCUCGACAAUCCAAGGAUGUGGCAGCGUAUGUCGCUGAUAUUAUAUGCGUGACUCUGUUUGGGUCAUAAGUGGGCAAGGUUUGCUGAAUGGCUCGUGGCAUACACGGGGGAGUUGCAUACCACGAAGGAUUACUUGACAGAACUUGCGACGAUGCGUGAACUGCGUCCCGUUGAAAGGGAUAUGCUAGAUCCUGUGUCGAAUCGUUUGUCACCACGCGCGAGAUAUAUCAGGUCAACGAGGGUGCUCGCGUCGUUGAGAUCCUCGCCGAGCGUCACCCGGGUGUUGCCGCCGACUUCCGUAACUUCGCACAGCUGAACGGAUACAUCGAGAGCGAGGCAGCUGUUGCGGGAACGAACCAGCAGCAGGGUUUGUUAAACGCAGAGAGUUCUCCUGAUGAUCCUAUAUAACGGCCACGCUCCAGCCUGAACAGUAUUUCAACACCUGGGUGCCCAAACAGGCCGCCGCGCACGCUCAACACCCAGAACAGAUUGCACAGGCUACCCAAGUUGAACAACCGCAAGAACCCCAGGAGCAGCCUGUUUCACAAGCAUUCCCGCCAAAUGGAUCUAAUGGGCAACAAUGAGGCACCAUCGCAUUUGAGGACACAUCUGAGAUCCAACGCUUCCGUUUAGGGUAUCGGUACCGAGCUAUGAUCAGGUUGAGAACAAGGAUGGUUGAACGAUAGUGAAGAUAUGAGAGUGUAAGCGAGAUUCGAGCGAUACAAAUCGUAUAUGAGAGCACGUAAGGGGGGUGGG